UUCGUCAGUCUACGAAGGUUUGCAUAAGCAAACGAGCAUCGAACAUGUGAUUUCAGAACGUUUCUUAGUCCAAGAAUACUUAACGAAUCGAAUGUUAGAUAAUUAACCAGGUUAAACUUACACUACUGGCUGAAACACAGCUACAUUUUACCUAUUUAUACAACUGAAGUGGCCAUUCUUCGCGAGCUGUUGUCUCGUGAAAGUGAUUUAAGAUGGCAGCAAGAAUUCGCUUUGUAUGGGUUACACGAGGCAGCUUUCAUAAACACUGACUGGAAGGCAUCCUCAGGAUUGCCAACAAUCCCUUUUUGCCCGACUUUAAGUAAAAGGCCCUGAGAUUGGAAUAGGAUAGUCCACUACCAGCAAUGUCCCGGGCCUUCGACUGUGUUCUGAUUCAAAUGUUUUCAGUGGGGUUGACUGUCUGAAGUAGUUCGUGGCGCCGAUGUAAGAACACGUAUGUCAGGUUGUCAACUGCUUGUGAAAUGCUAAUCGCUGCUGAACAAUUUACUAUAUUUUCUUUGCUUAACUGAAGGGGAUUUAAAAAUGAUUUUUUGCAGUGCUACAGCAUCUUCCAGUGCUUCUUGGGUUUCGAAGUCUUCACUGAAAAGGUGCGAGUACAGAGAGGAUUGGUUUGACUUGCAAAAGCUAUCCUGAUGGGAGUUGAAGAGCCGGAUGUUUUUGUUUCAACAGAUCUUUGACAAGAAUGUAACUGUCAGCAAAACAAACGUUAAAAAUUUAUUAAACUUGUUAAUUGUAAUUUUGACAGACCUCCCUUUUUUUGGAAAAAUAGAGAAAAAAAGGUUUCCGUUUUCCCCUAACUCAUAAGUAUUGUUGUAUACCGGAUUCCAAGCCUUUUUGGAUAUCAGCGUUUUGUUUAGGACGGGCCUCUAUUUUGCCUACGUCAUUAUUACAGUAUUUAGCACUGUUCUGCUGUUUUUAAUCCGUCAGGCGUCUUGUGAUUGUAACAGAAACACACGUUCAUGGCGAUAAAAUUCGAUCUCGCACUUUUUAGACGUGUCGCUGUCUUCACAGUAUUUCUUCAUUUGGUGUUAGGCGUCUUGUGAUUGUAACAGAAACACACGUUCAUGGCGAUAAAAUUCGAUCUCGCACUUUUUAGACGUGUCGCUGUCUUCACAGUAUUUCUUCAUUUGGUGUUAGGUAUUUACAGAUAAAAAGAUGGAUACAGCUUCCUGCACCCAAGUAGCCACAUUAACACACUAGUGAAACUUUUAUUCUGGAUAUAGACAAAGAUGAUAUAGACCUUGAGGUUACCCAUAUAUGACAUUGCACAUUAUUUGAGCUUUUGAAUAAUAAAUAGGUGUCGCUCAUUUAGAGUCUGGUUUAUGCACAAAAGGAAAUUGUAUCAUUAAAGUACUGACAUGGCUUGCCACAUAUUAAUUGCUUGUAAAGCUCUUCGAAUCAAGAAACAAUUUAUGGCUUGAAUGAACGUAACAAAACAAGCUGAUACCAACAACAAUAGAAACAGCAACAACAACCACAAUAUUUAUUUGUGCCACAGGAAAAAAUACUUUUUUCCUGCCUUUGUCUAACAAGGGUAAAAAUAGGUCCACUAUGCGUAAUUGUGUAUGCUUUCAAGCAUAAAACUCUGCCAAGUUUUUGCCCGUGUACGGAAGCAAAAAUCUAGCUAUGGUACAACGAGAGGAGUAAAAGUAGCCCUGGAAUCCGUCAUUCUGGUUAUUUAUUUCGGUUAUCACGUAAUCAUUCAGCAUCCAAUGCGACCUCCGUACUCUCGAUCGUUGUUUAGUAUAAGGAAAAUUUUUUCUCAAACCUCUGGUACUAUCAUUUUUAAGUUUUUCCUUUCGGGCAGCGAUAAAAAAUGCCAUAUUUUUGCCCCAUUGGGAGAUUCUAUUACAAUAGUCUUCUUUUUUACAAGAGUGUCGUUUAGUAAAAGGCCCUCACGGUCAGGAAAUCUUUACGGUUCUCUGGUUAUGACAAACUCUACGGGUUUAACAGGGGAAAUCACAUGCAGCCAGGUAAGCAAAAGCUUCUUGGCCAGCAGAAUUGGCAUGUUUGGUGCUAUGACCAGAGCAACAUUUUUGUUUUUGUUUUGUAAUUUGUUUUUGAAUUUGUUUUGUUUUGAAUUCAAUAAGGUUGGCAAAUAACACAGCUGUGAAAUAUUCACCACGAUGCUAAUCUGAGUAGUUACACGAGGGUCUAUUAUAGCGGGUCGUACAUUCCGCACACCGUCAUAUUUUGUUCUUUCGGGAAACCGCAGACCCGACGCUUUCGUUUUCUCCUAAAACCACAACCGCCCUACUAUUAGGACGAUUAUCAUCAUAACUGAUCUUUCAAAAUUCUAUACGAUACGUUAGCUCAAUAUAAUCGUUUUUCUCCUCACAAAGACCACAAAAUCUUAAGAACAGAACAAAUUGUUUCUAACUUCAUUCAGUAACCAGCGAACAAAAACGUUUGAAGUCUUGUGGGCUGUUCUCAAACACAAAGAUUUCUCGAGAUGUUUGAAUGACCGCCACGAAAACACGCAAAAAGCGAAAACCGCGAGCUAAAUUUUUGAUUUCCCGCAACUGCGCGAUAAUUUUGUUAACGGUAAACCGCCAGAUCAAUGUGAUUGUACCCACAAAGCGGCAAUCAAAAUCGGCUUUAACCGCCAAACCGCCAGAGUAUAAUAGACCCUCUUAAACGUUAUAUUAAACAUUUCAUCAAUUUGCGCAUCUUUACCAAAGUAAUGGUUAAUAACAUUUCCAUUACUGUGUAAACUUUAUACCAUCAUCAAGAUGUGAAUUAGUGUAGUGUAAAUUAUAAUAACAUUCUAUAAUCGCAACUGAAACAGACACGAUAUCAAUCGUUGCUAUUUGUUUAGCCAAGGAGGAUGCUCAACACAAAUCUCGAAUAAUCAUUAUUAUUUCUGAAAAAGAAGUUCUUUUGAACAAAUCUAGAAAUUGGGCAACGGUUUAUUUUAAGAAUCGUUUUCAUAAUGAAUUGAAAAGGAUAAUUUUGACAGGACCUCCUUUUUUUUUGGAAAAAAAAGGAAACAAGAAUUUCUUUGCCCCCUAACAGGUCCUAACAGGUAAGUGUUGUUGUAUGCCGGAUUCCAAGCCUUUUCGGAUAUCGAUGCUUUUCUUAGGACGGGCCUCUAUUCUGCCCACGUCAUCUCUAGAAAUACAUGUGUCACCGUAUUUAGCUCUGUUCUGCUGUUUUUAAUCCGUCAGGCGUCUUGUGAUUGUAAGAGAAACACACGUUCAUAUGGCGAUAAAAUUCGAUCUCGCACUUUGUGGACGGGUCGCUGUCUUCGCAGUAUUUCUUCAUUUGGUGUUAGGAAACUGUAACAAUUUGAAUCUUGGGAUUGGAAGUGGCGCAAUUCCAGACAACAAGAUAACUGCUUCUUCCGUUCAGAGUGCGCGCACGCCAGCCAAGAAUGGUCGAGUGAACUACACAGCAGAAUCUUCCUGGUGUGCAGGAGCAAGCGAUCCUAGUCCAUAUCUACAGAUUGACCUGCAGACACUUCACAUCAUCUGUGCUGUGUCAACCCAGGGAAAUUCACAGGAAGAUCAUUGGGUGGAAACAUAUACAUUGCAAUCAUCUACAGAUGGAUUAGUUUGGACAGAUUACAAUGACGCUUGUCAAGUGAAGUUAUUUCAGGGAAAUUAUGACCGAAAUUCUGAGGUCAAGCACGUUCUUAUUGAUGGAGUGUUAACGAAGUAUUUGCGAUUCUUGCCAAAAACGCAUCACAACAGUAUAUGUAUGAGAACAGAAGUCUUUGGGGUGAAACAAGAACCAGAGAACCUUGCUCUUGGUAAGCCCGCGGCUCAAUCUUCUACAUAUGGUAAUGUUCACUCGUUAGGUGAAGCAGGGAAAGCAGUGGACGGGAAUCCCGAUGCUGAUUUUAAUGAUGGACACUGUUCGCACACUUUUCGAAACAAUCCAAGUUGGUGGCGAGUAGACCUGGGCCCAAAUGGCGUGCCAGUGUCCGAGGUGUCCAUCGUCAACAGGUUUUCGUCGAACCCUAAUGUAAGGCUCAGGAGUAAGGACUAUAAGAUAACAUUGGGUGACAACACAGAUGUGACUCGAAAUCCUCAAUGUAUGGGACUCUACAGUUUUAUUCAGUUCAAAGCAUCAGCUCUAUGUUUCACGAAUCCACUGACGACUGGCAGAUAUGUUGGUAUCAUGACCACGGUAGCGAAGCCAGAGUGGCUAGCCCUUUGUGAAGUGGAGAUCUACUCAAGAGAAAACCUGGCAUUUGGCAAGCAAACGGAUCAGAUUAGCACGUACUUUGGUUUCGACAGUAGCAAAGCAGUGGAUGGUAACAGUAACACAAGCUUUACUGUUGGAUCUUCAUGCGCAUGCACAGAGAGAGCAAAUCAGCCUUGGUGGAGAGUAGACCUCGGACGAGAAGAGCCAGUGUCUGAAUUGUACAUAGUUAACAGAGGUGACUGCUGUGGAUCUCGUCUGGAGAAUUUCGAGAUCAGAGUGGGGUCACAGAACAGUGAUGGAGGCGUGGCUAAUCCUAGAUGUGGUGGUAUCCAUGCCGUCCCUCAAGGCGAGGGCAAAUCCUUUUACUGUCGUCCCUUUUUGUACGGACGAUACGUGACCAUCAGAAGUCUAAGAAGCAAUAACCUGCUCACACUCUGUGAAGUCGAGGUGUUUUCAGCAAGACGAGCGUGUCAAAUUCAGGCCAUCGGAGUAGGAAGCAGAUACACUAUUCCAGACAGCAGUUUCUCGGCCUCGUCAACAAGUGGUAGUAAUGCACCAUCUAAAGGUCGACUAAACGGACAAGGUGCUUGGUCACCCAGCAACGACAACAUUACUAACGACUAUUUAGAAAUUGACCUGCAAUACGAGUUCCUUAUCUGCGCUGUGGCUACGCAAGGAAAGUCAACCGCUGAUCAAUGGACAACAAAGUACAAGCUACUUACAUCACUAAACAAUAAGAAUUGGGUUACCUACCAGGAAAGCAACAUGGACAAGAUCUUCAAUGGUAAUUCUGGAAGAAACGACAUAGUGAAACACAACCUUAAGAAAAUCACAAGAGCAAGAUUUAUCAGGUUCCAGCCAACGCUUUUCUCGACUCAUAAGGCUUUGAGAGUAGAAGUGUUUGGAGUACUUAAACCUGCAGUUCCUUCACAAGCGCCCAUCGUGUUUACUGUGAUUGCAACCAACUCUACCACUAUUAAAGCAUCGUGGCAGUUAUCCCCAGCAGACUCAAGACCUGAAAUCAUCAAAGGAUUUAAACUGUUCUACAAUAAGAAAGACGUUGUUGGAUUGCCAACCGAAAUAACUAUGAACGGGUCAGCAACUCGCACAUAUUAUGCCACUGGGCUUGAUGAGAACACAGACUAUGAAUUUCAAGUGUUGGCCUUCACUGCUUCUGGUGAUGGACCAAAGAGUGCUGUAAAAGUUCAGAGAACUAUAGCAGAUGUGCCACCCAGAAUAAUGAAAGACGUUACACCGACUUCCGUGAUAUGUGAAAAGUAUACCCUGUGUGCUCUUUGUUGCUAUGCAACCAGUGAUUCUCCAGUUAGUUACUCUUGGACAAAAAAUGGACAGGAUCCCAUUAAUGACGACAUCAAGGUUAUGAACAACAACAUUGUCAUCAUUCCUCGUAGCGCGCAGGAUUAUGGGUUGUACUUGUGUAACGCUUCAAACAGGUUUGGUAGUACAUCUUAUGAAAUAACCGUAGUUGAAGACCGAAAGUCAUCGACUAAAGCAACUGCAAAGGGACAUGAAAGUUUUUCCAAUAUCUACCGUAUUAUAGUCAUCGCUUUGUCUUGCCUUGUUUUCGUGGUACUUAUUGCAGUGAGCCUGCUGACAUGGCGCCUUAGACGAGCUGUGAACAAAAGUGAACAGACGCCACAGAGGCACACCUCUAAUGAAGUCGAGCAGCAUAACUCAACACGUGACCAGCAUGUACCAGAAGAACUUUCAUAUAUGGAACUCAAACCUGGGCCUUUAAAAGGGCUGCCACGCGCAACUCAAACUUAUCAGUCAUUACAGGGGGCUAAUACGUCCCCUGCUUACUACAAUGCAGGAUUUAACCGUGGAAACAAUAAUCAAGAAGACGAAAUUUACUACGAAAUAGGAAAUGUCCAGUGAUACCUCAAGUUAUCACGAGAUCACCUAUACAAAUACAGUUAAGUACUUGUACCAUUAAAAUCCUUAUUCGCCUAGAAAGCCACAGCGUGUAGGUGUAAAACUAAAGGUUUUAGUGUAAGAGUGGGUGUUCGCGAGGAGAAAGCCGUCAAAGUAGUGGACGUAGAGAAUAUAGGUCAGUGGAAGAGAAGUGUAAGCAAUGUGAAGAGUGGUAAAGAUUAUUCGGAGAUAAUUCACACAGCAAACAUCAUAUCAAUAUGGAGCUGGAAGAAUAUUUCGACUCAGAGGUCGAACAUUUUGGCUCAACGCGCGAGGAACAUUUAUUUCACACCUUCCACCCCCUUUGGUUUUCUUGUGCAUUGUCACUUGUUUGGAAAAUAAUUACAUUAAUAGUGAUUUUACCCUGGCUAGUUUUAGAUGGUGUGAGCGACCAACAAAAACAAGGCCUGUAGGGCAUAUGGCUUUGUAGAAAUCUUUUAUUUUAUUUUUUUAUUUUUUAAUGCGGAUAUUAAGAAACAAAUGGGCUGAGAAAAAGACCGAAAAACGAACAAAUGCGUGGAAUGAACUAGCACUACAGAAAAGGGAAACUUAAUACGCUUCGGUAGAAAAUGGGUGAAAAAGAAGAAAAUGUUCUAGAGAAUAAGCAAUUUAUGGGCAUUUAUUCCAAUGACAUCAUAAACAAAAUGUGUUGCAAGAAUGAGAAAUCUGUAAAAUUGCCAACACUUAUAUAUGUCACUGAUUUAAUGACGAAUACAAAGUAUUGACUGCAUUAAUAAUAAUUAUUGUCAAAAUGUGUCAUUCACUUUGUCAUGCAGAUUUAAAAAGAAGUGUGUCGUUAUGUUGAACAUUUGAAAUGUAUAAAUAAACGCCCCAAAACGUAA